AUGAGGUGUAAUCACCCACUACACACCAUUCCAGAAUCUCUCAUAGAUCGAAGAACACAUCUAUGGCUAUCGCCAAAGUCAUACGUGAAGAACAGGCUGGAUGAAGUUAAAUCCAUGGAUAAUGAGAUUCAUGCUUCUGAUUCUAUCACUAGUUCAUUACGGAAGUUGUUCAUUGAUAAUGCAGAAGAAUCUUAUUCGUGUUCAUCAUUAGAAUCCGAUGAAUUGGAAGCUCUACCUUCUGGAACUUUCUGCGUGUGGAGGCCUAAGACGGAAAAUGGAUCAUCACCUAUUAUACGUGUGGAUUAG